CCGGUCAGAUCUCCGCCCCUAAUUUUCUAAAGUUAAGAGAAGACGUUAAUAAACUACAGUUCGUAGUUUUCAAAUAAAUGCAGUUGAGAAGUAUGUUUCAAUUGCUUACCGACUCUUGGGUUCGUGUUAGGAAAUGACUGAGUUGAGUUCGUUUUGAUUAGUGGCCAAUGAAACUCCUGGCCCGCUGUUUUAGUUCACAAUGACCUUAAAACAGAGGCUGGGGCCCUGCAAUGGCUAGUUAGCUGUUGGUAAAGUCUUGACCCAUCGAAAACUAUAAGGCCAACGGCCUAGUACUUUUCUUGGAUAUUGGUUGGCGUGACAUGGUCUACCCAUGACGCGACGGAGGCAUUCGGUUUCGCCGAAGGCACCGCGCGGCCGCAGCAUGGCCCACGUGUCGCACGUCUUGCAGUUCGCUGGCAAGAUGGCGCAAGAAGACCUUCAAGUUCAUCUCACCGCAGAAGAACAUGCUGCUUAUAAUUCAACCUCUCCCCAAGUCAUCGCUGGAACUGCUCAAGUCCUAAGUUCAGCCGGCCUUCAGUCUUCAGAGCAGACCCUCCACACGUUGCAAGCCGACACUCCUGUAAUCCAGGUUACUGAGGCGCUGUCCAAUGUAAUUCAGUCCGGCAUAUCUACCAUCAGCCCUACACGCAAAUUACAUCUUAAGCCAGAGGCAGGAAUAACAUGGCUGGAACAAGAGAUCAAAGAAUUUGAAGUACCAAAGCUCAAAACAGAAUCAGGCACCUUACUUUUAUGUCCAUGGUGUUCUGUACCAUAUGCAGCUCCUAUGUACCUUGAACGUCACAAGAAGCAGUGCCGCAAGAGGCUCGAGACUGUGACUCUGGAAGAAGCACAGUCUCAGGUUGAUGCUCUCGCUCACGCUGAGGUGCAAGUUCAAGCCCAAUUGGAUUCACAGGUGGAAUCCACUCAAGUGGUUCAGCUGCAGGCUGCUCAAGUACAUCCUGCACCACUUCAUGCUGGCCAGGUUCAAACUGUGCAAGUUCAGGCUGCCGAUAUCCAUGCUGCACAGGUCCAGGCUGUGCAAUUACAAGGAGGACAAGUUCAAGUGGCACAUGUGAAUGGGCAGCCCGUGUUGUUGAGUGUUGAUAAGAUGGGACAUGUGUGUGGUGUCAGCCGAAGUACCUGUCAACGAUGUUCUCCUAGUAAAGUGUUACGCAGUUCCAUUACACCCAGCAUCACUGUGGAGGAGGUUCCCUUAGACAUAGCUUGCUCUGGACUUUUCACUCAGGAACGAGAUAUAACAGAAAGUGUGGUGUUUCUUGAUAGGCCUUAUUGUUUUACUGUUAAUAAUAAGGGAUUUUUAACUGCAGACACCAAGCCACCUCUGGCUCAGACUGGGCGGCAAUUUGUAUGUCCUGAAUGUGGUGAGCGAUUUGCAAGAAACAGCCUCCUUAAGGAGCAUGCGAAAUCCCAUGCUGGAGAAAAACCAUAUGGCUGUAUUGAGUGUGGGAUGAGAUUUUCCUGCAGCUCCCAUCUGAAAGAGCAUUGCAGAUUGCAUGCUGGUGAGAAGCCAUUUGGCUGCACUGACUGCGGAGUGUGGUUCAACCGGAGCGAGCAUUUAGAGGAGCAUUUUAGGAGUCAUCAGCAAGACGACGAGUACGCAGCAAGAAGAGACUUGUAUAUUCGUGCCGAACUCAAGAACUCUCUCUCUCCACCGCAGCAAGUUCCUUCCAAGCCCAAGAAAGAUAAGCCGUUUGCCUGUACUGAGUGUGGGGAAAGGUUUGCUCAAAACAGUGAUCUUAAACGCCAUGCUGGAGCCCAUUCUGGCGAUAAACAUUUUUCUUGCACUGAAUGUGGACAACGCUUCACUAGAAGUAGCCAUUUGAAAGAACAUGCUCGAGUGCAUACAGGAGAAAAGCCAUAUGGUUGUACUAGUUGUGGAGAAAGAUUUACUCGCAGCAAAAGCUUAAGAAGGCACAGUUUAGUUCAUACUGGUGAAAAGCCAUUUCCCUGUAGUUUUUGCAAGGAAAGAUUUACUCAAAAUAGUGAUUUAAAACGUCAUUUGUUGAUCCACACUGGAGAAAAACCUUUCGUUUGUUCUGAAUGUGGCGAAAGGUACACCCGUAGCAGCGGACUAAAGGAGCAUUUCCGAGUCCACACUGGCGAGAAACCUUUUAUAUGCAGUGAUUGUGGUCAGCGUUUUACUCACAACAGUGACUUGAAGCGCCAUGCCCGCAUCCAUUCAGGAGUGAAACCAUUCUCUUGCAAUCAAUGUGGAGAAAGAUUCACCCAAAAUAGUGAUCUGAAGCGUCAUAGGAGGAUGCAUACCGGAGAAAAGCCCUAUGGUUGUUCAGAAUGUGGAGAACGGUUCACUCGAAGCAGUGGUUUGAAGGAGCACUUUAGAACACACACAGGGGAAAAGCCCUACAUCUGUAAUGAUUGUGGACAACGGUUUAUAAAAACUAGAGACUUAAAGAGGCAUAGUCGUAUUCACACAGGAGAGAAGCCCUUCAGUUGUACCCAGUGUCCUCAGACUUUCACACAGAACAGUGAUCUUAAAAGGCAUGCAAAAGUCCACCAACAAAGCAGAGUUGUUGCUUAUAAUGAGGCUGUUCCUGAAGCUCGAUACUUCAUCACUUAGAUUGUUUUUAAAUUGAUACUAAUAAUAAUCACAAGAAAUAAUCAAAUAAGGGUUGCUAAUUUUGAUGUGGUGCCAUUGUGUCACUUUUGUCAAUCAAAACUUUUGAUAGUUCCUUUUGUAUAUUCUGAUUUUGUGUCAGUGAUACCAUAAAAAUACUGUUUGGAUAAAUUUUUUUGUGUGUGUUGGUUAAAAAUGUGAUGUUACCAUUCAGGUGUACAACAAGUGGAGUUCCACAAGACUUUUUAAAUCUUGUGAACAUUAUUUCCUCUUGCAUGCAAUCUUUUGAGAGGAAUAGAAAAUUAAAGCCUGAUUGUUCAGAGGUAUUGAUAAUCCUUCACUCUAUUGAUUGUCAUCUGAGCCAAAUCUGAACUGACCCAACAGUUCUUUCCAUCUUGCUCAACAUGAAUAUUUCAAUUGUUCUACUUUGUGGACAGUGAAUUAGAUCAUAAUUUAAAAGACUGUGGGGAAACUCAGGGUAGUUUAUAAUUGUUAUUCGUUUAUAAAAGUAUGUGGACAACGUGGUGAAUGGAAAGACAGGUCCCUUUCCAGAAGGUUUUUGUAUUUAUUCUCUUGAAUAGUAAUUUAUUGUUAAAAAUGUUAGUUGUGGACUGAUCGAUCUAUUUCAUUGUUGUCAAGUAACAUUUGUUUCCUGUUAUUUAGAGUCUUCUUACCGCCUGCUUUAAUUAAUUUCAAUGUGACAAAGCAGCUAUUGGACAAUAUAUGUUUCAUUCUGACAAUUGUUAAACUCCCUUAUUAAAUAGUAUAGGAUCAAACUAAA